AUGAAUUAAUUUUAUUCAUAAAGCUACUAAGAAAAAAUUUUGAAUUCAAGAAACAUAUCUAACUAUAAGCUUAUCUCUAGUUUACCAACUUUGAAUACAAUCAUUUAUUAUGAUUUCUUAAUAGCUUUUGGAAUUAACUGUAAUAACACCCAUUUGGUGGCAGGAGCUAACCAAAAAAUAAUUGUUUAUUAACUUAAAGAUGGAAUAAUAAAAUAAAUAAAUGUACUUUUGAAUCAUUUAAAUUAUAUUACAACUCUGAACUUUUUUAGAUAGAACUAAAUUUUUAUUUCUGGUUCUAGAGAUUCCUAUUUUAUUUUAUGGUCUUUAAAUUAAAUAUCCAAUGGAAAAUAUUUUUUAAAAGUCAAAAGCCAUUCUGCUGAAAUUAAUUGCGUUGCUUUGCCUAUAUCUGGUGAAAAUUUCAUAAUAACAGGCAGUUCUGAUUGUACAAUAAAGAUUUGGUAAUCCUUAAAUAACUCCUUUUCGCAAUUAAAAUGUGUUUAGGAGAUUAAGGAACAUUCAAAUGAAGUAUUUGGAUUGUCUAUUAAUUGUUAUGGAAAUUUAUUUGUUUCUUGCUCAAAAGAUAACUUUAUUUUAGUAAUGGAGAAGAGCAACACUAAAAAUUGGAUCCUUAAAUAGAAAAUAUAAAUUCUAGGAUUUGGAUAUAGAAUAUGUUUCUUAACUGAUUAUAUUUUUGCUUUUCAACCAAGAAAACCAGAACCACACAACAUGCUUUAAAUUUAUUAAUUAAGUUUAAACCUAAAUUAGUUUAUCCUAAUUAAAGAAUGCCUUGUUGAAGGUGGUGAUUAAAGCUGUAAUAACCAUUUUCAGUUACUUUACAAUCCUAAUUAAUAGAUUUUGUUCAAUAAAAAUGGUUUCUAUUUAAAUCAAAUCAUUUUUCAUAAAGAAGAAAAGCAACAUAAUUAAUUUAGUUUAAUUUAGGCUAUUAAUUAUGAAACUGAUACUUUUUAUGGUACCAUGAGCUAGGACGGAUAAUAUUUAAUAACUUGGGAUACUAAAUCAAUUUAACUUCAGAUAAGAAAAAAUAUGAAUUAAAAAUGA